AUGAGCGCAUAUGUUGCAAAACACCUACAGGGAAGACAAAAGGACUGGAGUGCUGCAACUCAGGAUCGCCUUUCAAUGCUCACCUCUAUCCUUGGGGGGAUUAAAAGUGUGAAGAUUCUAGGUCUCGAGCAGGCUGUCAGCCUCCUCGUGUCGAAUUUGCGGACCCGAGAGAUUGCGAGGUCGGUAAGCCUACGAUGGAUUAUGGUAGCAUACAAUGCCAGUGCUAAUACACUAGGGAUAUUCUCCCCGGUAUUGACGUUGAUCCUGUUUGCUGUCUCUCGCAACGCACAGGAUGUACUGAAUGCUGAUACCGUCUUUACCUCCAUUGCUCUUCUCGGCCUAGUCACCCAUCCGGCCAAUAUGGUGAUGACGAUAAUACCUCGUGCUAUUGCAUCUUUGGCAAAUUUCGAAAGGAUACAAGCCUACCUGACGCAAGGAUCGUUGGCAGAUGAGCGUAGCAAAGACAAACUGCAACCUGAUCGACGACUGGCAUUCGAAUUGGAAAAUGUUACCGUCCAACUCUCUAGCUCACAUUCAGUUCUUCGGAAUGUCAACUUUCAAAUGACCGAAGGUUCAAUUGCCAUAUGCUCAGGACCUAUUGGCAGUGGAAAGUCAGCCCUGGCAUUGACAAUUCUCGGAGAAAUCAACCUCACGGAGGGUAAGAUUACUGUUUCGGAUGAUAGUAUCGCAUUCUGCAGCCCUUCUGCCUGGCUUCCUAUUGCCUCCAUACGGGAUGUCAUUAGCGGACAAUCAAGUGAAUUUGAUGCAGACUGGUACCAGACUGUCAUCCAAGCCUGCAGUCUCAAUACUGAUUUAGAAUCCCUGGUUGAUGGAGAUAUGACAUGGGUUGGAAGCGGUGGCAUUAAUCUUUCUGGGGGACAACAAGCUCGCAUCGCUCUUGCUCGUGCGGUGUAUUCUCGCUGUCGUACUAUGAUCUUAGAUGACCCGUUCAGUGCGAUCGAUCCGGCAGUGGAGAGCCAAAUUGUCAAGGCAUUGCUUGGCCCUGAAGGGCUUCUGCGCAAAAUGGAAAGCACAGUCUUUCUCAUCACGCAUGGUACUAAGUAUUAUCACUUGGCCGAUAAGAUCGUUUUGCUCAAUGAAGGAGAAGUGCAAGUCUGCAGCCCCCCAGAUGCCACCCUUCAGGAAGACUCCCAAAUGAGAAAGAUGCCUGUUUCACAGAAGACACCUGAGGGUGAUCUAUCUGCAAAUAACAUCAAAUUCCAGACAGAUGGAACACGCAUAGAUGAUGCCGCUGCCGAUAAAUCAAGGAGAACCGGUGAUUUGGCGGUCUACGGUAAGUGCUGUAUCUACAGUGCUACACGAAUCCUGAGUGAGAUCUAA